AUGGUUGACGAAAAGCCCACCUCCGAUAAAUUCGCCUUCUUCUCGCGCCACUCGAUAGCCGACAAUGUGAAUGUUCGAGAUGAUGGCCGCGUCGACGUCGUAGUCGACUCCGCGCUCUACCGGCUCGCCGGCCGCCUCAUGCGCGACGAUUCCACACUCCAGUCCCACGGCUUUUCCGUCCUCGAUCCCCCGCCAGUUCCGCCCCGCCGCCGCAGUACUCGGUGCUCGACCCUCUCGCCCCAAGAAGCGCCGGCAGAGCUCGAGGGGCACCAGUUCCCCGCCCCCACAAACCACCGCCUCCACGCCUUUCUCCAAGAACGGCCCCACCACAGUAGUAGCAGCAGCAGCAGCAGCAGCAAACUCCGCCUCAACAUCGUAAUCCAAGUCGUCGGCAGCCGCGGCGACGUCCAACCCUUCGUCGCACUCGGCACGGAGCUCCGCGCAGCCGGCCACCGCGUCCGCCUCGCCACGCACGACGUCUUCGCCGACUUCGUACGCGGCGCGGGACUCGAAUUCUUCCCCAUCGGAGGCAGCCCGACGGACCUCAUGGCCUUCAUGGUCAAGAACCCGGGGCUGAUCCCGAGCAUGGAUAGCCUGCUGGCGGGCGAGGUGCAGAGAAAGAGGGCCAUGGUGCGGGACAUGCUGGAGGGGUGCUGGCGGUCGUGCGUGGAGCCGGAUCCGGCGGGCGAAGGGGGCCCGUUUGUGGCGGACGCCGUGAUUGCGAAUCCGCCGAGCUUCGCGCACGUGCACUGCGCGCAGGCGUUGGGGUUCCGCUGCACGUCAUCCUGCGGAUUGGCCCGCCUCGAUCGAUAUCUGCGGCUUCUUCUUCCGCGAACCCCCGACUACACGCCCCCACCCGCCCUCGCCUCCUUCCUCGCCAAGGGCACCACGCCCGUCUACAUCGGUUUCGGCAGCAUCGUCAUCGACGACCCCGAGGCGCUCAACGCCGUGCUCGUCGAGGCGGCGCGCUCCGUCGGCGUGCGCGUCAUCAUCUCCAAGGGCUGGAGCAAGCUCGGCGGGGCGGUGGCGGGGCCGACGGCGGAAGGGGACGUUUUCUACCUGGGGGACUGCCCGCACGAGUGGUUGUUCAAGCACGUGUCUGCGGUGGUGCACCACGGCGGGGCGGGGACGACGGCGUGCGGCCAACCCUUCUGGGGAGACAUGGUCGCCGCCGCCGGCGCAGGCCCGAAACCCAUCCACCACAAGCAGCUCAACGCGCAAAACCUCGCCGCCGCGAUCCGGCAGUGCCUGAGCCCCGAAGCGGAAGCCGCGGCGCACGCGCUGAGCGCGCGCAUCCGCGCCGAGUCGGGCGUGAAGCAGGCGGUGGCGUCGUUCGAGGCGCACGUGCUCUCGUACAAUAUCCGGUGCGACGUGCUGCCAGGGCGGGCGGCGGCGUGGGUGUACAAGGCCAAGGGCGGGCGGGUGAGGAGGCAUCUCAAGCGGUACGAAGUCAACCCGAUCGAGAUUCGAAACCGGCGCUGGGAUCCCGUAACGGGUGUCACGUCUGCCGCUCUCCACACGGGCAAGGACAUGCUCGUGGCGACCUCGGACAUCAUCGUCAAGCCCGUCAAGACGUACCGCUCCCUCGGCGCCAAGUACCCCGGUCCAAUGCCGCCCGACGCGGAGGAGCUACGGGGAGGACCCGGCAGCUCGCGCGCGAGCACGCCUCUUCCGGCCACGCCGACCUCUUGGAGCGGGAGCAGCGGGUUCACGGGGUCGUCGGCCCGCGGCACGCAACAACCGGCGGUGUUUUCCGAUGCGGCGGCGGUCAUGGCCUCGUCGGCCGCCGGGGUCGGUGGUUUCUUCAAGGCGUACUCAAGGGCGUGUUUGUGGAUAUCCCGCUGUCGGCGGCCGAGGGCUUGCGGGCGGUGCCGAAGCUCUACGGGAGGCGGUGCCGGAGAGGCAGCAUAUCACGGGGUGGAAGACGGGGGCGGUGGUGGGUGGGAAACAGUUUGUCACGGGGCUGGCGGGGGCAUGUCGGAUCUGUUUGUCCAGCCGUAUCGCGAGGGGAAUAAGGAUGGGGCAAAGGGCGUGGCUAAGGGGCUUGGUAAGGGACUUGUGGGGUUUACGACAAAGGUCCUCUCUGCUCCGCUAGGUCUCGUUGCCUACUCGUUUGAAGGCAUCUAUCAGGAUCUACGUGCGCUCUCCUCCAAGACGGGAGGAAUGAUCCAGGCGCGACAACACGAAGAGGGUAUCUAUGAGCUUAUUGGGGAGAGGAGCAAGGGAAGUGGCCUGGAGGCUGAGGUGAUUGAGGCUUUCCAGAGAUGUCUGCGGUAA